UAAGCUAAGUGAAGUUACUCAUAAGAUAUGCCUUGAUAAAGAUUUUGGUAGUUAUGAAAACCGGUGAAUUUCAACAUAGGUACCAAAACACGACGAAUAAACCAAAUUAAUUUAUUCAUCCAAUUUCAAUGCCAGUGAAUGAAUUUUGGACCAACGUAAUGUUUUGGUUCCUCUUGCCCUUCCGCCUCCUCAUUCGUAACAAACACCAACAUGACUGACUCAAAACUCCAAAUUUCACGCCGACAAAACUCGCAGAAUGUUGUCGGAGGCGAGCACUUCCGCUCCCGCCGUAUCGGGCUUCACCGAGGAGGACUCGGACUUCCAGCUGUCGGCGCUGGUCCAGAGCUACCCGAACCUGUGGGACGUCAAAAAUGUCCAGUAUCGCUGCGAGAGAACGAACAGCGACGCAUGGACGCAAAUCGCAUUUGACAUGGAUGAGGGCCGUCCCGCCGUGGUUUACCAGACGAGAUGGCGUUAUCUGAUGGACUGUCACGCCAAAUAUUUGCGCGAGUGCAACCAACCCGGAACGAAACCACCGUACUUCUACCUGGCCAAUGCAAUGGAAUUUCUGAAGCCCAACAUCGGAUGCAAGAAAAGACCAGUGGAGCAGCUCAAAAGCCUCUUGGCUAAAAGAAUGAAAGCCAACGGUGGAGGUCAUCGGGAGACCAUAGCUAUAAGUGAUGACGAGUCCGACGAAGAAAGCUUGGCUACGACGACGGCGGAGAACAAAAAAUCGAGCGGAACCGGCCGACUUAUUUCCGUCGAUGCACGGAACGAGGACGCCAUGUUCCUGCUGAGCGUUUUGCCGAACGUGCGGCAGAUGAGUGCGGAGCGUAAGAAGCAGUUCAAAGUUGGUUUGCUGCAGGCGUGCGAUCGGAUUUUGGAAUGAGACUUAGUGGUUAUCAUGUUGUCGUUAAGUAUAGUUUCUUAGUGCGCUUUAUAGCUUCAGCUUUUAAAUUAAUGUGGAAAUUUCACAAUACUUGAUGUGUUAAUAAAGUAUUUAGCAAAAAAUCAAUAAUUUCAAUCAAAAAGCAGUCAA